ACAUCCGGCAGGCGCAGAUAUUAUAUUCUUGCUCUCUGGUUACAAAAUAUUACAAAUUACAGAGCGUUCCUUGUAUCUAUCUCUUUACUCCAAGCCCACUCCACUGGAUUCAUCUUCUUUCGCUUCCCAUUCAUUACAAAUUACAGAUCUUCUUUCUCAUUCUCUUUCGGAAACCCUAGUUCUUGAUAAUGUCUGCAAACACCGAUGAACCAGAGUUGGAAAACAGAGAGAAAUCAGAAUUGGAGAAUGGAGAAAAUCCAGAAAUAGAAAGCAUUGAUAAAUCAGAAAUCCCAAAGGUAGAGGUUUCAGAAUUAGAGAGUAUAGAGAAUUCAGAAAUAGAGAAAAUAGAGAAUUCAGAAUUGGUGAAUGGAGGUGUACAAGAAACAAUUGUUUCUGAAUCAGAUCCAAAGAUAAAUGAUGUUAAAGAGACUGAGAUCGGAUCACAGGAUUCUUCUUCCGUUGUUGAAGAAGUAAAAGCGAAACCUGAAUUGAAAAAGGAUGAAGGAAAUCGAACAUUUACAAUGAGAGAGUUGUUAAAUGAAUUGAAGGAAGAAGAGAGUGAAAUUAUUGACGGGGAUUCUCGCACUAGUGCUUCACCACACAGCCGAGAAAGCACACAGCAGCAACAACAGCAGCAUAACAACGCUGCUAUUGAUUUGAUCAACAGUGUCACGGGUUUAGAUGAGGAGGGUCGCUCUCGCCAACGGAUUCUUACUUUUGCUGCUAAGAGGUAUGCUAAUACAAUAGAAAGGAAUCCAGAAGACUAUGAUGCGCUUUACAAUUGGGCUUUGGUUCUUCAGGAAAGUGCAGAUAAUGUUGGUCCAGAAUCUAGUUCACCCUCAAAAGAUUCUUUACUCGAGGAAGCUUGUAAGAAAUACGAUGAAGCUACUCAGCUAUGUCCUACUCUUCAUGAUGCCUACUACAAUUGGGCUAUUGCCAUCUCCGAUCGGGCAAAGAUGCGUGGUCGUACUAAGGAGGCAGAAGAAUUAUGGAAACAGGCAACAAGAAAUUAUGAGAAAGCUGUUCACCUGAACUGGAACAGUCCUCAGGCACUUAACAAUUGGGGACUUGCUUUACAGGAACUCAGUGCAAUUGUUCCUGUUCGGGAAAAGCAGACCAUUGUCAGAACUGCAAUCAAUAAGUUUCGUGCAGCAAUCCGAUUGCAGUUUGACUUCCAUCGCGCAAUCUACAACCUUGGCACGGUUCUGUAUGGGUUAGCAGAGGACACAAUAAGAACCGGGGAUCCGGUAAACGCAAAGGAAGUGUCACCGGAUGAGCUUUAUAGUCAAUCGGCCAUCUAUAUUGCAGCUGCUCAUUCGUUGAAACCAAAUUACUCUGUCUACCGCAGUGCCUUGAGACUUGUUCGUUCAAUGCUACCGUUGCACUAUCUUAAAGUUGGGUAUCUGACUGCACCACCUGUUGGGAAUCCAGUUGCAGCCCACAGUGAUUGGAAGCGAACACAGUUUGUUUUGAAUCACGAAGGACUCCAACAGAUUAACAAGGGUGACCAAAAACAGUUAUCUCAAAGCCCUUCAGGCAGGUUAGUGGCCGCAGGCACCGUUGAUAAAUCAGUCAUCAAAAUCGAGGUCCCUGACAUUGUUUCUGUAUCAGCGUGUUCGGAUCUCACAUUACCUCCUGGUGCAGGUCUGUGUAUUGAUACAGUUAAUGGACCAGUUUACUUGGUUGCUGACACAUGGGAGUCCUUGGAUGGGUGGCUUGAUGGAAUUCGUCUUGUUUACACAAUCUUUGCACGAGGGAAAAGUGACGUUCUUGCAGGCAUCAUAACCGGAUAAUUCAUGUGUAUCCUAGGUCUAUUAGUGUGAAGCUAUAUUGUAAGGUUUUCAAGUCUGACAUUAGAAUAAUAACGUUAUAUAUGCUUACUAAAGAAUACCCCUUUUUGCUCAUUUUUGUUCUGAAUUUUUUAUGGUUUCCUUAUUUUCUUAUUUUGUAAAAUUCUCGAUAUACCCUCUUGUGCUGUCUUUUUCUUUUAUUGUGCGAACUUUAUUUGUUGUUCCGACAGU